GUAGAUUACCAGCGAGGAACAAACAGAGAGGAGCAAAUAGAAAAUAAGCCAGUUAAAAACGAGCAUAGACAAAAUACAUUGUCAAUUCAAUCGCUGAUGUAACUGCGAGCUAAUGUAAACUAGGAUCUGAUCUCUAGGCGGAUUUAUCAUUCAGGGACAGUUGCCGUCUGUUGCAGGUUAAAUAAUAAAGGUGCGUUCAAAGACUCUCUAUAGCGUCAGGUAACAUUAAAUUCCUCAGCCAGGGGAGGUGAUGGACUUCGUUGCUGGAUGCAUCGGAGGUGUUGCCGGAGUGCUGGUCGGACACCCAUUCGACACAGUGAAGGUGAGGCUGCAGGUCCAGAGUGUGGACAAGCCUCUGUAUCGCGGGACCUUUCACUGUUUUCAGUCCAUCAUCCGGCAGGAGUCGGCGUUUGGUUUGUACAAAGGCAUCGGGUCUCCCAUGAUGGGCCUUACGUUCAUCAACGCCAUAGUGUUCGGCGUCCAGGGGAACGCUAUGCGGCAGCUCGCCGAGGACACCCCCAGCAACCAGUUCCUGGCCGGCGCAGCGGCGGGCGCCAUCCAGUGUCUCAUCUGCUGCCCCAUGGAGCUGGCCAAAACCCGCAUGCAAUUGCAGGGCACGGGGGAGAAGAAGUCGACGAGGAAGCUUUACAAGAACUCCCUGGACUGUUUGGUGCGCAUCUACAAGCGGGAGGGUCUGCGCGGCGUAAACAGAGGCAUGGUCACCACCCUGAUCCGCGAGACGCCCGGCUUCGGGGUGUAUUUCUGGGCGUACGACAUGCUGACGCGCAGCCUGGGCUGCGAGCCCGACGACCGCUACAUGAUCCCCAAGCUGCUGUUCGCGGGGGGCAUGGCCGGCAUCGCCUCCUGGAUCUCCACCUACCCCGUGGACGUGAUCAAAUCGCGGCUGCAGGCGGACGGGGUCGGGGGGGUCCACCAGUACAGCGGCAUCGCCGACUGCGUGCGGCAGAGCGUGGGCCGGGAGGGCUACAGGGUGUUCACGCGCGGCCUCACCUCCACGCUGCUGCGAGCCUUCCCCGUCAACGCCGCCACCUUCGCCACCGUCACACUCGUCCUCAUGUACGCGCGGGGGCUGGUGGAAGGACCUAAAGACUGUGAGGGGGUGCAGCCGGGCCACCGCGCGCAGAUACAGCAGCAGCCGCAGCCCUCCAGCCUGUGACAGCGCCGGCGUCUAACCCUCAACCCUGAAUCUGGGCACUUUAAAAAAUGCAUGAAGAGACAAAAGACUGUCUGACUCUUUCAUAUUAAACCAUUCCCAGUUUUGAGUCAGUUUAUAAGCACUGGCUUUACUUUACAGAAACGGGGAGGCAGAGGGCGUAAACCUCUUUAUUUUAGGUAGUAAUCUAAGUUUUCUUCUCUGUUUUUGAACCUGCAGGCUUGUGCAGAGUUGAUGAGAGUGAGACGGCGUCCUUGGAGCGCUUCUCUUUAGAAACAAGGCAGCAAGCCAACAACGUUACUGGUUUACGUCUACGUGUAGACACGGGACAAUCGUAUAGCUACUACAUAUAUCCUACCAUGUGCAAUCUGACUCCAUAUAUCCUAACAUGUGCAAUCUGACUCUAUAUACUACUGAUCUGAGUCAUUUCUUUUUUUUCUAUUCAUUCAAUAUUGAAAAAAGUGUUCCUGCCUUAUUAUACUACUUUUGUUUUGUGUAAGGAGGCUGAGGCCUGUGUUUGUACCUGAAACGUAUCGUUUGAAGAGUCAAAUGAGCAAGAGGGAAACUGUUGCGGAAAGUAUCAGCGUGCUAUCAAAUGAUAAAAAAAACAAACAAAAAAAAACCAUUGCAGCUGUGCUCUCGUAUCACUGGAGCACUGCUGAUCUCUGUCGUAGUCGGGAACCAUUCAGUCCGGAAAAGGUUCUCGGGGGUUGAGUGGAAAGCCUGCGUGCGAAUCAACACUUGUGUUUUUAUUUAUUUAUUUAUCUAUUUAUGUAUGUAUUUUUCCUGGUUUUGUUGCUCUUGUUUGUGUCUUUUUUUUCAUGGGUUUUGUUUUACCAUAUAAUGUGAACAUGUGUUACUGUAACUGCUGCUGCGUGAAAGGCCCAGUCGGAGGUGGAGCGUGCAGCUAGCUCCUCCUGUCCUUUCCCAUUUACUCGUCUUAUUUUUUCUUUUUUUUUUAUAUAGAUUUUUGUGUAUUAAAUGAUGAUUUAUGGCAUUUUAAAGUGGAUUGUGUCGGCAAGCUUCUGACUACAGUUGAACAGCUUGUUUUGUGCGUGUGUGCUUUGCGAAACAAGAACAUUUUAUCAAACAAAACUAACCCAGCUUUUGAAACAGCAAACAUCAUUUUUGCUUGGAAGGGUUCAUCAGUUAAAGACAGGUUGUGAAACCAGCAUCAGUUAUCCACCUUUCUUGCCAUUAUUAUCAUUAUUCAGAUUUUUAUUUGAUUGUCAUGUUAUCUAUGUGUUCAUGUGUGCGCAACAAUAGUGGAUUUACUGUACUGCACCUGGACUGAGGCCUUAAUCUGUUUGUUGUUACUGUAUUUACUCGUAACGAUGUACAAAGUCUUUACGUAAGAGCUCAUUAUACAUGGUUAUAGUUUGUAUUUAACGUCUGUGUUUUAGAAGCGGUUUUCUCGGUAACGGGCAGGCUCAUGUGUCCCUCUAAAGCACUUAACUCUGGGCCCCACAGACAAUCUGCUUCCCUAAUCUGCUUUUUCCAAGGAUCUGUCCGGGCUCGUAGAGCUGACGGCAAGUUAAACCGCCGGCGUCACUCGUGUCUGCAAAACGCAGGGCUAAAACCUCAAGUAUGCUGAAUGUAACUCGCAUUGCGUUCACAGGAUUUCUGGAGUUUUACAGGCAAAGUUGAUCAAGUCUUUGGAGUUCUUGCUGUUUCAAACUGUCUCUAUUUUGAAACCUCCAGUGCUGCUCAAACUCUUGGAAAGCCUCCAAGGUCGUGUGUAGUUAUAGCGGUGGCAAUGUGAAAUGUAUGCAUCAUUAUUCGUCCUCUGUAACAGUGACUGCUUGUGAAAUAGAUUGUAUCAGAGGGAAAAUGUUUGUGACCGCUGGUGUGUCUUGUGGGAUGGGAAAGAUGCAAUAUGUACAGGAUGUAAUGGAAAAAGAAUAUGAGACUGUUUUGAAUAACUAUAUAUAUAUGCAGAAGUAACAUAUUUUUCAUUUUACAGUAAAGCGUGGUUAUAUGAAUGUCUGGGUUUAAAAAUGUUUGCUGAUUAUGCUCGAGAUUCAUUUAAAAAACGGAGAUGUACUUUUUCAUGCAGGACCUGUUUGUCUCGGAGGAAAUAAAA